CCACUCUUUGCUGUCCCUCAUCGGGAUAUCCCGACGCUGACUUCGACCGUUGCUUCGAAAUUUCCGUGCUGGCCGUCAAUCACGAUCGAUGUGGUAAAUUCCGACAUCAAGACAAGCUACAAUUCAAGCCACGACACCUGCCCCAAGCGGCCGACGAAGGGAUCCCUCUCUACACCGGGUGCAAUCAGGUUGGCCGAAGCGAAACAGCCUGGAUCCUACGUCGUCAAGGCGAGCAUAGAUUGAGAAAAGCAGCUGGUCACCAUGUUGUACGAAUUAAUUGGAAUUGUCCGACCCGGCAAGAUCACCGAGGUGAAAGAAAUCGUCCAAGCAGCCGGGUCCCUAAUCCUGCGACAACGCGGCGUGAUCCGCGGCAUCGCCAACUGGGGCGUCUUUUCAUUGCCCAAGGCCAUCUCGAUACAUCAAAGGCGGCACCAGACCGGACACUACUUCUGUCUGCGGUACGACGCGAGCGUCAAGACGCAGGAGGAGGUUAAGCAGGUAUUGGCCAAGGAUCCGCGUAUCAUUCGUCAUACCAAUGUGAAAUUGGGGGAUGGCAAGUUGGAGACGAUGAGUAAGUUUGGCGGGGUGGAUUGGAGGUAGAGUACUGUAAUGUGAACAAGGGGGAAGAGAAGAGAUAAGGAAGAAUGCAGGAGAACAAUUGAGCGCAGGCUUUGCGGCCUGUGGAGAGAUUUGGACGGCGUGAAGCACCUGCCUGCGUAUUACUGAAAAUGCAGAUAAGGAAGCUGUAAGAUACGGGAUAGCGGUCUUAGUAUGCGCGGAGCUAGCUCUGUUGUCGAGGCUAUGGCUAUGGCUGCUGGGGGACCAAGAGGUCUUACAUUCAGUCAUCUACCCUCGGCCCGGAGGGAGACGACGCACUCAAGUACAGACACAAAGGAAAGCCAGGCGUAGAGCCUGGCAAACCAAACACCAAACUUCAAUAUCCCAGACGGGCAAUUCGACCUGAACAGUGCAAGCCA